AUAUUGUAGUUAGCACGAGUAUUCCACGGUGAUCGGUUCGUGAGAUUUCAAAAUUUUUCUUGGCCAAAUCAAUCGCAAAGUAGAAGAAAAAAAUCAGCAACAACAUGAGCAGCAUUGAUGAAGAACUGACACCUGAGCAAAUCGCUGUGCUCCAGAAGGCAUUCAACAGCUUUGAUCACCAGAAAACUGGCAGCAUCCCCACCGAGAUGGUUGCUGAUAUCCUGCGCCUUAUGGGUCAACCCUUCGAUAAGAAAAUCUUGGAGGAACUGAUCGAGGAAGUUGACGAAGACAAGUCUGGUCGUUUGGAAUUCGGUGAAUUCGUUCAGCUAGCUGCCAAAUUCAUUGUUGAGGAAGAUGCCGAGGCAAUGCAAAAGGAAUUGCGUGAGGCAUUCCGUUUAUAUGAUAAACAAGGCAACGGUUUCAUUCCAACCACUUGCCUUAAGGAGAUCCUUAAGGAAUUGGAUGAUCAGUUGACCGAGCAAGAAUUGGACAUUAUGAUUGAGGAAAUCGAUAGUGAUGGUUCCGGUACAGUUGAUUUCGAUGAAUUCAUGGAAAUGAUGACUGGCGAGUAAAUAAAUUCUUUUCAGCCUGGAGGAAACCCAAAAAACAAACAUACAAAUAAUAAUAAUAAAUAUAUACACACAUACAUAGAUAUAUACUCACACACACACACAAACACAGAGACACAAACACACAUGCACACACACACACACCACACCUAUACACUUGCACAGCUUUUGGGCGAACGUCUGUUUGUUUAGAUCCCCACACACACAGUUUUUUUUUUGUCCCAUAUCUCUCUUGGGGCAAAGUAAACAAAACACUUCAAACCAAGUAUAAAUAGACUAAUAGAAAUAUCAUUUUUUUGUACUGAUUUUUAUAAAAACAAACAAAACAAAGAAAAAAAC